UACUUACAGUCCACAUCACACAUACACGCACACACACACACACACGCAAUAACGCAUGCACUCAGUUGGUUAUGGCCAGUCACCAGGGAAACAGACGGCGCACAAAACGGUCCGAUUCGAAACAAUAACAUAAUCUUAAAAAUAAUAUUAAUUAUUCAUUGCCGCAGCAUUAGAGUAUACGUUAAUUGUACGGGCAUAUCAUCUGCUCGAAUUCGGUUCUUUUUGAAAAACUAUACAUUUUUUUUUAGAUAUAUUAUAUUUACUUAGUCAUUAUACCUACUAAUACGUUUAAACGUUGUUGUUGUUCGCCAUCGUAUUAUUUAACCGUUUUGUAUUGCAUUACCCGCUCCUCAAGUCUGCUUUAAGUCUAUAAGUUAAUAAGUUUGCCAUAAGCAAAAAAAAAAACCUUUACUUGCAUCGCCUCCCCACCAUUAUACACGUAUUUAUACACUUGAUAAUACUAGAAAAUGGCAUCAACUUUUACCGCUUUGGUGAUCUUCGGGCUUUCCUCGUUCUGGUCCACAUGCUCGGCCGACCCGAUCGCGAUGGAUAACUGCUGGCGGAAAGUGUGGUCUCUGACGCCUUUGUGUACGGACAUGGACGGUUCUAUGGACAGUUCUACUGGCGGUCCAAGGCUUUGCGUCUUUCAGUCGAGAUGUAACAAUGCAUCGAGACCAAACUCGUGUACAAUCGAGUUUGUUAGUUAUGAAGAAAAUUAUCCUAUCAAAUCAAUGGACAGUCCUGCAGAGAAUAAAAUAUCGAUAACAACAACAGCAAAAAGGUCCUCGAAUGCUGAAGCUUGGAUUGGAGGUUUGGUGUCAGUUGGCAUCAUAAGUUUAUCGGGGCUGGUUGGCGCAAUAUUUUGGCCAUUGCUCAACGACCCGAAUCGAAAGAAAACUGUUAUGAGACUACUUUUGGGCUUAGCCACAGGAUCAUUAUCAAGUUCAGCUGUAUUCCAACUUAUUCCAGAAGCUUUCAAAAUAGAAGAUUCGUUUCCCGACUUCAGACACACUGCCCUAAUAAUGUGGUUGAGCCUGUGGGGAUUAUAUAUGCUCGAAACGUUAGCCGGCAUCAUUUUCCACAAAGAAGAAAAAAAGACAGGAAUCGACGAACUAUCGCCGUCACUUCAGCUCACCAAUGGCAAUGGGACCGAAAUGAAACAAAUAUCGCACGGUCACAGCCACAGUCACAAAUUAACAAAUAAAUCUAUGGACGAUAAGAGUCCGAUCUCGACGUUAGCCUUACUGGUGCUAUUCGGCGACAGUCUGCACAACAUAAUCGAUGGCAUGUCGAUUGGUGCUGCUUUCUCGGAAAAUGUCACCACCGGCAUAUCCAUAUCGAUUGCGAUUGCGUGCGAGGAAUUCCCUCAUGAAAUCGGAGAUUUCGCUAUACUAAUUCAGUCCGGUAUGUCAUUCCGUCGUGCUUUGUCAUUUAAUUUCCUGUCAGCUUGCACAGCGUUUAUAGGUUUGGUCAUUGGUAUUUGUUUGGGAAACAUGGAAUAUUCUGGGUUUGUGUUCUCAUUCGCCGGUGGUCUGUUCUUGUUCAUUACUUUAACACAUUUGACACCAGAAAUGAAGAGUAUGAUCGAUGAAAACCUGGCUGAAAGCAAAUCGUCUGCAUACACUGGCCUCCUAUUGCAAAACAUUGGGAUGUUGACCGGCGCUUCUCUGAUGUACAUCAUCACGUUUUCAAAUUUCAUAAAAAUUUUAUGAUACAUUCAUAUUUCAAUAUUAUGUAUAAAUUAUAAAUAUUUAUCGUACACUAUCCUUUGGCGUCUGGUGGAGGGUCUUACGAAAUUUGACUUAUUUAUAUUAUUUUAAUCAUCACUACUGCAACGUUUAUUAUACAAU